AAGAAAAAAACACAGAAAACGAGAAAUGUCAGACGUAGAAGAAGAAGAAGAAGGAUCAACAAAUGCAAUUACAGAUUCGAGAAGUUUCGAUCUUCCCGACGAACUUCUUCAAGUUCUACCGUCCGAUCCAUUCGAGCAACUCGAUGUAGCUCGCAAAAUCACAUCCAUUGCUCUCUCGACACGUGUCUCUGCUCUCGAAUCAGAGUCGUCGGAUCUCCGGGAACUUCUCGCUGAGAAAGAUAAAGAAAUCGCCGAGCUACAAUCUCACGUCGAGUCUCUUGACGCUUCUCUCUCCGAUGCGUUUCAUAAGCUUUCUCAAGCUGAUGGUGAAAAGGAGAAUCUGAUAAGAGAGAAUGCAUCGUUGUCUAAUACUGUGAAGAGACUUCAGAGAGAUGUCUCUAAGCUUGAGGGAUUUAGGAAGACGCUUAUGAUGUCUCUUCAAGAUGAUGACCAAAAUGCAGGAACAACGCAAAUCAUCGCUAAGCCGACACCAAACGAUGAUGAUACUCCAUUUCAACCUUCAAGACAUUCAUCAAUUCAAUCUCAAGCUUCUGAAGCUAUUGAACCAGCUACAACUGACAAGGAAAACGAUGCUCCAAAACCGAGUUUAUCAGCCAGUCUUCCGUUAAUAUCGCAAACUACUACGCCACGGCUUACUCCUCCUGGUUCUCCACCAAUCUUAUCUGCUUCUGGUACCCCGAAAACAACUUCGAGACCUCUCUCUCCUCGACGCCAUUCUGUAUCAUUUGCUACCACUAGAGGCGUGUUUGAUGAUACUAGAUCUUCUAUUUCAAUUUCAGAGCCUGGAUCACAGACCACUAGAACUCGGGUUGAUGGAAAAGAGUUUUUCCGACAAGUCAGGAGCCGAUUAUCUUACGAGCAAUUUGGUGCAUUUCUUGGAAAUGUGAAGGAUCUUAACGCCCACAAGCAGACAAGAGAAGAAACGCUUAGGAAAGCUGAAGAGAUAUUUGGAGGCGAUAACAGAGAUCUCUACGUCAUAUUCGAGGGCUUGAUCACUCGAAACGCUCACUGAGAGUUUGGCUUCUUCAGUUACACAAAGAAAUUAUACACUCGGAAACUCAGGAUUCAGUCUGCAGCAUUCAAUUUCUUUUGUUUUCUUGGCCGUCAAGUAAGACCAAGUGAAACUGACAAUUUGAUUGUAUCAUUUGUGCCUCUCGUGUAUCUAUCUAUUACUUCUUGAAUAAAUUACAUUUCAUCAU